UGUGGGAUCCUAGUCGGAUGUCGGAUCCGCGGUGGAAACUUCAGUACGCGAUCAACCACCGACGUGUGUUUACGGUCGGAGCUCCAGCGGAAGCUGCGAGGCCUGGCUGCUGCGGGGGCGUGGGUGUAGCAGAUCAGAGGUCAACCUGGAGGUCAGGCCUGAAUGAUCAAACAACUCUAACACUCCCUGCUGAAAUUACAAAACUUUCAUUCAAUCGAAUGUUCCGAGAAUGCGUUGAAUUGAUUGCGUUUCAAAGAGUUUCGGCUUUGGGAAUGGACUCGACCGUGGCGUUACUCCUUCUGACCGCUUGCAUUCUGGAACUCGUGGUUGGUCAGCAAGGUCCGGUGUUCGUUCUCGAGCCACCAAGUACUCUGGUCUUUUCCAAUACCACAGGCUCACAGCUAAGCUGUUCCGCUCAUGGGAGCCCAACGCCGCACGUCACCUGGAUAACUAGUCCGGAUCAGAGAUCGGUCACCGCAGUUCCUGGACUAAGACAGCUGCUCGGGAACGGCACCCUCUACUUUCCGCCAUUUCUGGCGCAGGACUUUCGGGCGGAAGUGCACAACGCUAGGUACAGGUGUCGUGCAACCAGUUCCGUUGGAACCGUGCUUUCCAGGGAAGUUACUCUUCGUGCUGUGUUGACGGUACCUGGGUAUGAUGUAAGGGUGAACAGGUCUCCGGUGGUGGAGGGAUGCAACGCGGUUUUGUCUUGCACGGCAAGAGAAGACGUGAAGGAACAUCUGACAGUCACCUCCUGGUUUCGCGACGAUGCCAUUCUUCUACCUGGAAGCACGGACACGGGUGGAAGGUUCGUGGUCACGUCUCAGGGGGACCUGCAUAUCCGAGCCGCCAGACCGGAAGACGGCAGAGCCACCUAUUCGUGCUUAACUUUUCACGCGUUGACCGGUGAAAGAAGAAGAAGCGAGCCUGCAACGUUAACAGUCGCUGAACCAACAGGAUCUAUGCCACCACGGUUGAUGCAGAGAUCUCAGAUCGCCAUCUCUGCUGAAAGCGGCUCGGACGUUCAUCUAACUUGCUCAGCCCAGGGGACUCCACCCCCGCAAUUUACCUGGUAUCGCGAUGUUAACGGUCAUUCGAUACCGGUGGAGUCAUUUGGUCGAAUUCAACUGUGGGGCGAUUUAAUGCAAAUUCGCCGCGUGGACGCUCAGGACGCAGGAAGGUACAUUUGUCGAGCCAGCAAUCAGGUCGGCGAGCAACGAGCGGAAACACACCUGUCGGUUACUUCAAAACUUAACGCACGAAUACAACCCCGAGUUCAGAUCAUCAAUUCCGGGGAGUCAGCCACUAUGAAUUGCACGGUGGAGGGUUAUCCGGUCGAAAGCGUCGAGUGGUUGCACGACGGUGUGCCGGUAUUGACCGCGCAGGACACGAGAAUCAGAUUGCUGGCUCCUCUGGUGCUUGUGAUAGGCUCGGUCGGCCGAAAGGACAAGGGGAUGUAUCAGUGCCUGGUCAGAAGCGACAAGGAGAACGCGCAGGCUACCGCCGAAUUGAAGCUUGGAGAUACCGUACCAGAGUUGCAAUACACGUUCAUCGAGCAAGCACUGCGGCCAGGUCCUCCAGUGUCCUUGAGAUGUUCUGCUACCGGAUCUCCUCCACCAUCGUUCACUUGGUUGCUGGAUGGAGAGCCUCUAAGCGAGAUCGCCUCUGGACACAGGUACGCGAUAGGACAGUAUGUCGAUCAGUCCGGAGACGUGAUCAGUCAUUUGAACAUAUCGUCGGCUGGUGCUGAAGAUGGUGGUCUCUACGCUUGUGUCGCUGCCAAUACCUUGGCUACAGUCGAGCACAAAGCUAGACUAAACAUUUAUGGACCGCCAUACAUCCGAUCGAUAGGACCAGUUCGUGCGAUAGCCGGUGUCGAUACCACCAUAGCUUGCCCUUAUUCCGGCUAUCCUAUCACGUCAGUCGAGUGGUCUCGUGGAGGAGUUGCACUGCCUCUUGACAUAAGGCACCGUGUAGACAGCGAAGGCCAUCUUACCAUCGCCAAUGUGGAUCCAAACGAUGCUGGCAUUUAUACUUGCAUGGUUAAAGCAAGAUCCGGUGAAACGGCGAGCAGAGACAUCCGGUUAACAGUCAGUAGUCCACCUGUAAUGAGUCCUUUCAAUUUCCCUUCAAACCUCCAAGAAGGAAGUCGCGCCCAAGUCACCUGCACCGUCACUUCCGGUGAUCUUCCAAUUUACUUCUCCUGGCUAAAGGAUGGCGAACCGUUACCUUCCUCUCUACGUAUCGAGGAGAGGGUAGCUGAAUUCUUCAGUCUACUCGUCUUUAAGGAACUUUCUUCGCGGCACAGUGGCAAAUAUACCUGCGUGGCGACUAACAGUGCAGCCAAAGUCAACCACACAGCGGAACUUUUGGUAAAAGUACCUCCACAAUGGAUUUUCGAGCCGCAAGACGUGGCCACCCUCCUGGGAAAUCCAUUGAACGUCCAUUGUGAGGCCAAGGGAUUUCCUCCGCCACGUGUCACGUGGUUGCGUGCCAGGGAAAGAACUUCCAACGACUAUCAACCUCUUGUUGAUGGUUCUGAUGGAAGAUUAACUAUUCUACCGAAUGGAUCUCUGUGGACAGCAUCUGCUGGACCACAGGAUGAAGGACAUUAUCUGUGUCGAGCAAAUAAUGGUAUUGGAUCUGGUCUGAGUAAAGUGAUCUAUGUAUCUGUUCAUGAACCAGCAAGGUUCGAGUUCCAGAGUAAGAACGUGACGAUCCGUCGUGGCGAAUCCGUGACGCUUGAUUGUACUGUCAUCGGGGAUAAUCCCAUAGAAGUGCAAUGGAUGCACAAUAGUGAUCGUUUAGAUACUAACAGUCACCGGCUAAGCAUCAGUCAAAUAAAAACAGACAACGGCCUCAAAUCACAAUUAUCUAUAGCAAGCAGUGAUCGUCAAGAUUCUGGAGUUUACAGGUGCACAGCGGACAAUGCCUAUGGGAGAAGCGAACAUCUGAUUUAUCUUGCUGUUCAAGAGAGACCAGAUCCACCAGCCUCGCUAGAAGUCAUAGAAAUCGGCUCGCGAUCGAUACGAUUAUUGUGGAAGAGAGCUUUCGAUGGGAACAGCCCGAUACGAAAUUACGUUAUUCAGUAUCGAUCUCUGAAUCACGGUUUAGCUGACGAUUGGAAUCCCGCAAAAACGCACAACGUAACUUACACCCCUGGAAGUUCCAAUAACGGAAAUAACAUACAUCCAACACAAAAUGGUUUAUCUCCUUUCGAGACUACUAGCGACGAUCAGGAAGUAGCUUUGGUAGGAGGACUUCAUCCAGCAGUGACUUACACGUUUCGUAUAUUUGCCAUAAAUUCAAUAGAUGUGAGUGUGCCUACUGAUCCCGUGGUCGCCAAAACUCAAGAAGAAGCACCUACUGAACCGCCACAAAAUAUCAAAGUGCAAUCAGCAGGUCCUGGAGAACUCAUGGUUAGCUGGCAGCCGCCCCCAAAGGAAUCCUGUAACGGAGAUCUAUUGGGCUACAUAGUGACAUGGUCGGAGCAUUCAUCUUCGACAUCAGGUGUGAACCAAAGCAAAAGUUUAACCGUGAACGGAUGGGCGACUACAAAGGUGCAGCUUACAGGCUUGAGAAAGUUCACCAAGUACGAUAUAUCGAUCAGAGCUUUCAAUAGUAUAGCCAGCGGCCCAGCCAGCAUUCCCAUUGUUGGAACAACUCAGGAAGGAGUACCCGAGACUCCGCCAACGCAAGUAUCAUGUAUUCCUCUGUCUUCCCAAAGUGUAAAAGUUUCUUGGAGCGCACCCCCACCCCAUCAACAUGGAGGAAUCAUUCAGGGUUAUAAAGUAUAUUAUAGACCAGUACCCACUGACAACAUGGACAUAUCGACAGUGGGUGAAGUAAAGAAGACAUCCAGCGUAGAAACUUAUCUACACACUCUGUACAAGUAUACGAAUUACUCUAUUCGAGUAUUGGCUUAUACUGGUGCUGGUGAUGGAGUUCUAAGUCCGCCGAUUUUUUGUACAACGGAGGAGGAUGUACCAGGUCCUCCAGCUGGUAUCAAAGCUUUAGCGCUAACCGCGGAGAGUAUAUUAGUUUCGUGGUUACCACCCCUACAACCAAAUGGGAACGUUUCCAAGUACACGGUUUACAGCAGGGAGGCAGGUUCCAGUAACCAUAACACGCACACCAUGCACGAACCACCGUCGUCACCGACUGACACUCUUACUAUGGAACUAAGAGGUUUGGUUGAAAGUAAAUUGUACGAGUUCUGGGUGUCAGCAACGACAGGGCUGGGUGAAGGAGAACCGACCACCAUAGUAACUCAAACUACAAAUACUAGAGCUCCAGCUAGAGUGGCGUCUUUUUCACAAUUAUUAAGAAGAGCGAUUAAAUCAUCAAUUACCUUGUCUUGUUUGGUCGUGGGUAAUCCUACGCCUCGUCCAAUAUGGACAUAUCGAAAUAGUCAAGUUUCUACUGGAAGACAUUACGAAUUAACUGCUGAUGGUCAUCUCAAUAUUCGUGGAUUAGAACAAUCAGUCGCUGGGAAUUACACGUGUUCAGCUAGCAAUUUAUUCGGUGACGAUUCCAUCACUUACACAUUGGUCGUGGUGAUGCCUCCCAGAGCACCAAUGUUAGAACUACAGUAUACAACAACGAAUAGCAUAAGACUUAGGUGGAAUCAUCCUAAUAAUGGUGGUGCGACUAUUCAAGGCUACGUGUUAAGCUACAAAAGGGACCAGGGUGGCUGGGAAGAAAUCGCAUUAUCACCCGAACAAACCGAGUUCAUUUUAUCAGGUUUAAAAUGCGGUUCUUCCUACUUGGCACAUUUAACAGCUCAUAAUCGUGUGGGCACUGGAGAUCCAAGUCCUUUAAUUAGUGCCACGACCAAAGGAACUGCUCCUUUAUUACCAAAAGAACGAGACAUCAUCUCUGCCAAUGGCACCUCUGUCAAAUUAAAUCUUAUAUCUUGGCCAAAUGGUGGUUGUCCGAUUCAAUAUUACACCGUAGAGUACCGUAGACGUGUCAGCACUGAACCAUGGAAUUUAGUGGCAAGUCGUGCUACAGAAGAUCUAGUCAUAAGAGAGUUAAAGACUGCCUCGUGGUAUAGUUUACGUCUGACAGCUCAUAACGACGCUGGAUCCACGCAAACGCAAAUGGAAUUCGCGACCACCACUCUCAGUGGCGUUAGUAUUGGUCCUCCGAAUGACCUGAUUAUGGAAAACGAUGUUAAAAAAGCUAUACCUAAUCAUAAAGUACUUUACGUGGUUGUACCUAUCGUCUGUGCAAUCGUGUUAGUUAUUUCCGCCGCCAUUCUGGGAUACGUAAUGCUGAAACGCAGUGGAAGAGCUAAUUACUUAGGAGAAAUUCUUCCUGGACAACAACAGAAUCAACAGUCAGGAUUGGGUUUGGUUCAGCAACAGCAGCAGCAUCAGCAACAUCAUCAUCUUUCAAGUUGUAUGUCGACCAUGCAAUUGAAGUCCACUGCUGAACGUGAUAAUAGAAGGAAUCAUCAGGUUUAUACCAGUUCGCCAGUGAAGCAAGAGAAUCAUAAGUCUAACGACCAUGGAUCAGAGAUGUACGAAAUAAGUCCGUACGCCACGUUCAGCGUACCAGGAAGAGAGAAUCGUUCAGUAACAACAGCCACGCUCGAUUAUACGAUGCAAUUUAAAACGUUUGGACAUUUGGAGAACGAAGACAUCAACACGAUCGAUUACGAGAGGUCCAGCGUGGACUUCGAGAGGUCUAAAACUCCAAGGUGGCACAAGCAACGAUACUUCCCAAGCAUCGCAGAAGCGGAGAGCAAGCUACGCUCGAGUCGUCAGGGUUCCGGAAGCGACACGUCCGGAAGCCCUUGCGGAGAGUGCGCUGGACCUAGUUACAGGGUACCAGUGAAGCCUUGCAGAGAUGUAUUUUCACGAGGGGUGGAAUCCAGUACAGAAUCCAACAACGAAGGCUCACCUUCACUUGCGAGACGACGAAGCCGACAGCCGAGCCGGUCUACUCGCAGUUCGGUGGAGGACAUGACGUUAUUGCCGCCAAGCGGGUUUAGCGACAGCCGCGAAUUGAGCGACGUAGAGUGCGACCGUGAUCGUGAUCGUGAUCGUGAACGGGACUGGCAAGAUCUGUCGACCGGGACCCGCCACGGCGGCAGUUUGGGUAGACUGCCGAUCGAGGCCGUCGAAUCUAUGCUCGCUAGGUACCAACAAAGAAAGGAACAAGAAAGGCAAGAAUUCACUAUACAUGUAUGAUCAAGAUUUAGCAAUUCUAGCGGAACUCUUCAUGAAAAGGUAUAAAUAGAGGUUUAAAGAAUCCUCUGACUAUCUAAGGGUCUUACAGAAACGUCAACGUACAGUGAAAAAUUGCAAUUUUCGACAACUGACAGAGUCUGGUUAUAACUCUUGUCAAAAUCGGAAUUAACUAGGGAUUUUCGUCGUAAAAGUAAAAAUCUUUGCUCACGUUGGAACACUGAGAAGAGCGUUUAACAUUUCGAAGAUAAUGUCCAUUGUACUUAAGAGAAAUUAAUGUUAGCAUAACAUCUAAUAUAAUAUGUAUAUGUAUAUAGACAUAUACAAUGCAUAUAUACAAUACAUAUACAACAUUUUGUAUAUAUACGCACAAUAUUGUAUAUGUAUAUAUACAAAAUGUUCCUAUAGGUUAAAACGAUAGUUUCUCUAUAUUUAAACAUUUUUCUCAGUGCAUUCUCCUGUUAAAAGUUAUCGACAAAUCGUCUGAACGAUCGCUUCAUCGUUGCAUCGAAUACUGCCGUUGCGUUAUUCGCAGCUUUUUCCGAUCGACCAAUCGCGAAACGACAGGAACCAGUUACAUGUGAAAGUAUCGACAAAAGUCCUUAGCCCUAUAUAAGAAUUUCAUCUUUUAAAACCCAACCACAUACAUUACGUGAGAGCAACAAACGCAAUCAUUCCUGGAAAGAUUCUGCAACAGCGAUUAACAAGAAGAAACAAGAACAUCAACAGAGCGUUACGAGUCAAUUUAAAGAUGGAAUGAUGGAUUACACACGUGUAUAAUCGUCUUACUGUAUAGUAUAGAUUGUACGUAUCAUUAGUCACACUGUUACCAUGGAUUGUAUAGUUGAAGAGGCAUGAUGAGAGUGAGGUAUUGAGAAUCGUUUGCUGCUAUCCUCGAGAAACAUCGUUUAAAUAUCUAUUGUAUAAUCGCUUCUAUUAUUCUUGAACAGCACACGAAAAGAACGUGACAAGUCCAUCUUUGUUAAUUUCUUGAUUUUAAACAACUUGUUAGGUGCACAGGUAUGUCUCAAAAAAAACAGGCAAUAUAUCUUUAAAAUUAUAUAAAGAAGCAACUGAUGAAUUAUUUUUGGAAUGUCCAGUAGAGUGCAAGAAAUAUGUGGUUCCACAAUUACUUAAAAGAAUAGUUUUAGUAACAUGGAAUUGAUUAUUGAAUUUUAAAAUUGCUUAUCGUGUCUUUUACCUGUGGUCUUCGCUUUAUAUCAUAAAACAAAAAGCUGACAUAAAGCGUUCAUUGAAAAUCUAAUGAUAUGAUAACUAAGUACAAUUGUAAUUCUAUUAUACUGACAAAGAAUUAAGAAGAAUGAAUGCAACUUUAUUUCAGUGUAUUCAGGGCAACUAUACUAAAUCGACUCUGUUUACAUUUUAGCAUAAAAAAUCUAUAUAUUCCCUUCUUUUCAUACAAAUAUCAUUUGUAAAAUUACCGCUACAUAAAUUAAUAAGAAUAAGAAAGUAUAAUAUAACGAUGUUUCAAGAAAGAAACGAAUCUCCAAAUACAUCAUGGCAACUUCCGCUUUACGCAGAGUGCUAAUUGCAACAACAUUCCUAAAUAUCGGCAUUAAGAAAGCACGACUGUGCGUUUCAACAUUUCGUUUUGAUUAAUUAUGUUGAUAAAAUAAUUCGAGGAUUAUAUUUGCGUCAAAACGCGCAUUUUCGAUCAAAGAUCGAGAAGUGUGAGUGAGAAAGAGUAUUUAACGGUAUGUUUUAAAAAUGUACAUACAUGUAUGCAUCAUAUUUAGAGGAUGAACAAUUUAUCGACAUACAAUGAGCUCGAUUAUUAAUUAACGACAAAAGAUAGCUUUAAGUAUUACGUUGUUUUCAUUCGCGAAAUAUUCUAUAUAGAUAUUUUAAUGUUUAACCUUUCGUGAUCAUGCAUUUCGAAACGAGGGAAAAGAAACGAAGGAAGAGCAACAAACAGGAAAUUUUUUUAUCGAUAGUCGGUUUCUGAGAAUAAAGAUUAGCUUCCAUGAAAGCUAAUACGAAUUUUAUUAAAGCGCGAGUAAAAAAUUAUAAAUUGCUUGUUCUUGAAAUGCAUAGUGAAACAAAAGGUGAAACAUUUUGUUCGAAGCAAAACUUAUUGAAUCAGACGACUUUCACGAUGAUCGAUAAGUUACCCAUUACGCGGACUGAUAAGGCAUUUUCAAAUGUCGAUAAGCAAUUAAAGUCUCACGCAUCGUAUUCUCAAAAUGAUGCGACUGAGGCUAAUUAACUACGCUUAAGUUGAUUUCUGCCAAACAGAGUUUACGGUUCCCAAAGACUAUUAAUUUAUAAGGCUAUUGCCUUAAUUGUAAUAAUUAAACGAGAUAUCGUUAUCAUGGCGUCUAAGACCGUACGUUUUUCGACUGCUCAUAAUUUCAGAAUUUUCACAAACGAGGGCAUACUCCGUGCAUUUUAUCCAAAAAGAAAGAGAGGGAAAGAAGUUCAUUUUCUAUAUGAAUAAUAUAUUUCUACGAAAACUUUUAACAGACUAGGUUGUUCGUAAUAAUGUUAAUACACAAACGUUUUUAAUAAGUAACAGUAUAAAAGUACUAUUGAAACUAUCGAAUUCGAUGGUACUAAUAUAUUUAUAUCGAUAAUUUAGUUGAAAAUUAAUCAAUAAACUGCCAUAUCAACUUUUAAAUGUAACAAUUUCCCAUUUCAAAUUUUUUACAGGAAUUUACUAGACUACAGCUUCAACUUCCGAAGUUCCUCUUUCGCUAACGUCACACUCAAUAAUAUGUCGCAUAUUUAUCAUGUACAGUAGCUCAGAAAAGUGAAUAACAAUUCGAACAUUUGUAGAAAUCUUUUAUAAACUUUUGUGUUCUACGAAACAUUUUGAAAUUUCAUUAGCAUCUCUAAUGAGACUCGACUAUCAUGAUUAUAUUGGUAAAAUUUGAGAUAAAUAAAAUAUACAGUAUAUAUUAUAAAAGUUUUCUAUGAUAAGUGUUCAAAUACUUUUGUGAGUUACUAUGUGUAUUUAUUAAGGGCUAUCCCAAUGUUUUCUAAAUUUUUUACAUUUUUUAAUGACGCGCCUUACUAUUGAUGUGCAACAUAUGCUUAACUAAUUAAAUUAUAAAACCCCUAGAAAAAAAUUCAUAAUUUAGACAUCAAAUAUGCAGAGUAUGCCCUCUUACGAGAUAACGACGUAAUUUAUUAUACGUGCAUAAAUAUAUAUUUCGUCUGUACAAACGUAACGGACAUGGCGAAUUGUAUGAAGAUUAAAUCGUGCGCAAAACGUACGAUAGCAGUGACCGUAUGAUUUCUAGUAAAUUUUUUUCAAAGUCAAAAAAAAUGCGUGAUCAUAGUUAGAAGAAAAUUUGGGCGAAAACACAAAAUAGCGCAAUUGGUUUUCCGAGUGUGCGUCCGAUGAACGCGUGCAUAGGUGAGAUGCGUGUGAUAUAGAAACUCGUCGCAGCUACUGCGAACCAGCGAAUUAUUUGUAUAAUACAUGAGAUCCGUGAACCUUAGAACUUAUGUAUCAUAUCCUCGUAUAACUAUCCGUGGACGAGUUCGAUAAAAUUAAUCGUCGUCCGUUAUGGUUAACGCGAAAGUAAAAUAAAGAACAUAAAAAAAAAGAAUAAAACAAUCGAAUGUCUUAUCGAAGUGUCAAACUUUCACAAGGUAUGCUAACUCAGCUUGUUAAUAAAGAGAAACAGACAUUUA